AACUGGCUGCCGCUGGUUCCAGCACCAGAUACAAAGCCGAGCUGGAGAUAAAGAGCAACACAAAGGAAGAGCGAAGCUUUGAGAGUAGACGCUUUCUGCCGAAGAAGAUAGAAGGUAGUGCCAGAUCCCCUAGAAGAAGAGUUUGGACGGCAUGCAAAGUUGUGAAAUAUCUUCAGACAGCACAGAUGAUCCUCUUAGUAGUGGCCUACACAGAAAUCGACAGCCUCGAAUAGUAGUAAUUGGUGCUGGUUUGGCUGGCCUUGCAGCUACUAAAACCCUCUUGGAAAACGGUUUUACAGAUGUCACUGUCCUAGAGGCGUCAGAUUGCAUUGGAGGGAGAGUGCAAAGCGCUCAGCUCGGACAAGCGACCUUGGAACUUGGAGCUACUUGGAUUCAUGGUGCCAAUGGCAAUCCAGUCUUUCAUCUGGCAGAAGACAAUGGCCUCCUUGAGCACACCACUGAUGGGGAGCGCAGUGUGGGCCGCAUCAGCCUUUACACCAAGAAUGGUGUGGCUCACUACCAAACCAACAAUGGCAAGAGGAUCCCCAAAGACCUUGUUGAGGAAUUCAGCGAUUUAUACAACGAGGUCUACGAGCUGACUCAGGAGUUUUUCCAGAGUGGAAAACCCGUUGGUGCCGAAAGCCAGAACAGCGUUGGAAUAUUCACACGUGACGUGGUGCGCAAGAGAAUCAUGGUCGAUCCGGAGGACUCGGAGAGCACAAAGAAGCUUAAAUUGUCCAUGCUGCAGCAGUACUUAAAGGUGGAAAGUUGUGAGAGCAGCUCUCCCAGCAUGGACGAGGUGUCGCUGAGUGAGUUUGGGGAGUGGACGGAGAUCCCCGGUGCCCAUUACGUCAUCCCCACUGGCUUCAUCAAGAUCGUGGAGCUCCUGGCACGAGACAUUCCCGAGCGCGUGGUGCAGCUCAACAAGCCCAUCCACUGCCUGCACUGGAACCACUCUGUGCGCCAGGACAUAGCCCACACAGAAGACCACAACAGCGACCACCGGGGCCCAUCUGCUCAGGGCUACCCAGUGUACGUCGAGUGCGAGGACUGUGAGUUCAUCCCAGCCGAUCACGUCAUCGUCACCGUCUCGCUGGGCGUCCUCAAGAAGAACGAGAGCCUCUUCUCCCCCAGGCUGCCGGAAGACAAGGUCAUGGCCAUCGAGAAGCUGGGCAUCAGCACCACCGACAAGAUCUUCCUGGAGUUCGCCGAGCCCUUCUGGAGCCCCGAGUGCAACAGCAUCCAGUUCGUGUGGGAGGACGAAGCUCAGCUGGAGAACCUCACCUACCCAGAAGAGCUCUGGUACAAGAAAAUCUGCAGCUUCGAUGUCCUGUACCCGCCCGAGCGCUACGGCUACGUGCUCAGCGGCUGGAUCUGCGGGGACGAGGCUCUGGUCAUGGAAAGGUGCGACGACGAGACCGUGGCCGAGACCUGUACAGAGCUGCUGCGCAAAUUCACAGGAAACCAAAACAUUCCAAAACCUCGGAGAAUUCUGCGCUCCUCUUGGGGAAGUAACCCCUACAUCUAUGGGUCCUACUCCUUCACUCGUGUGGGGUCCAGUGGAGUUGAUGUGGAGAAACUAGCCAUGCCACUGCCUUACAAUGAAAGCACAAAAACACCACCAGCGCAGGUGUUGUUUGCGGGAGAGGCCACACACAGGAAGUAUUAUUCCACUACCCAUGGAGCCUUGCUGUCCGGUCAGAGGGAGGCCAACCACCUUAUUGAGAUGUACCAGGAUUUGUACCAUGCAGAAAAAGCAAAGCCCAGCAUUUAAAAAGAACCACUAACUAGUGAUACAAUUAUAUGUUUCAUGCAUUUUUAUAUUUAGUAGGGCAUUUAAAACUAAAAAAAAAAAGAAAUAUUGUUAUGGAUGUUUGAAUAUAGAGGCUCCUUAGGAAUUAUUUUGAGUUGUACUGUAACGCAGAAAAAGGGUGCUCUUAUCUCUCUGUUCUUAAUUUUUCUGAGACUUUUUUUAAAUUUAAAGUAAUUCUUUUAACACUUCUUUUCUUUUUUGUAAGUGCCUUCUAUAUCUAAAUUUAUGUUAUAUAAUGAACAACGAAAACUAAUAAACCAUAUCAUAUUAAUGAUGCAAAA